AUGUUAUCCCCCGCAACAACACCUCCAACAUAUAUCUCCCCAGAAGAUCACGCAGCAUUGACAUCUUCCACUCCAGGAUCUUUCGUUGAUAUUCCUCCGAUAUUACGAUGGGCGGACGAAGUUGAGAUUUCAAUGGAACCGCAAGAUGGUGGAUGGGAAGGAUGGGAUAGAAAGGUGAAAGGGAAAUUAUGGGUUACAGAGGAAUUGGUAGCUUUCAUCCCACUCGACAUUUCCAAAAUAGGUUUCAACCUCUCAUACCUAGCAUUAACGUUACACGCCUUGGUUCCUUCUUCCGAUGAAACACCUUCUCACAUUUAUUGUCAAAUAGACGAAUCGGACGCCCCUCAAAUACGGAAUGGGCAUGUGGAUCAUGCGCAAGGAAAUGAGAAUGGGAAUGUGGAAGGGGAUGGGGAAGAAGGGGAGGGGGGAAAUGAAUUCACACCAAUGAGAGAAAUCAAGAUAUUUGUAGAUUCAGAUAAAUUACAAACACUUUUUCUAGCUUUAUCACAAUGUUCAGCUUUACAUGAUAAUAUCGAUCCUGAUCCUGAUUCCGAAGGACUUGGUUUUGGGUUUUUACCUUCCAUGCCCGAUGGUGAUUUCGAUGAUGAUGAAGAGGAAGAAGAUGAAGAUGGAAAUGGGAGGGUGAGAAGAAAUCUUUCUGGACCUAAUGGACGAUAUAGACCAUACUAG